GAUAAAAAUCUGCAAGUUACAGGCUCCUCCCCUGUAGCCUAGUGAUAAGACGGAAUCUCCUUAAUUAGUAAUUUCUACAUCCCAGUCCCGGCUAACUCUCCAUCCUACAAGUUCCUUCAUGCAUGCAAUGUCCUGAUCCAAUUGCAUCUUACCUUAUCCUUUUUAAACACAAAGCCCAAUCAUUUUUUUGUCAGUGUCCGGCAUGGAAGAUCAGAAGGAGCCGCCGAUGGUGCACCGAUCUACUUCAUUUAGUAUCAAGAGUCUGCUGCUUCCCUCAAAAUGUGACAAACAGGACUCGGUGCUCCCGGAAAAAAACACUGCUUCUUCGGGGUCUGAUUCGGAAAAAUCCCUGGAUCCUGAUAUGGAAUCUGCACCUUUGGACCGGGAGAAACAAAAGGAGGAAGACGAGGGUACCUUGCGGGCGACAGAGCCUAGCAAAAAUGGGAAAUAUGAUAAACCGCCAUUCAGCUACAACGCCUUGAUUAUGAUGGCUAUCAGACAGAGUGCGGAGAAGAGGCUGACUCUGAACGGUAUCUAUGAGUUUAUUAUGAAGAACUUUCCAUAUUACCGGGAGCACAAGCAAGGCUGGCAAAACUCUAUCCGACACAACCUGAGCCUCAAUAAGUGUUUUGUGAAAGUGCCAAGGCAUUACGACGACCCGGGCAAAGGGAACUACUGGAUGUUGGACCCUUCGAGCGAUGAUGUAUUUAUUGGUGGAACUACGGGGAAACUUCGGAGACGUUCUGCUACCUCCAGAGGCAAGUUGGCAAUGAAACGUGGAAUGCGCUUCUCGCCUCUUGGUUUGGGAAUAAACGACAGGGCAAACAACCCUCUGUAUUGGCAAAUCUCGCCGUUUUUAUCAUUGCACCAUCCCCAUUACAAUGGAUCAUCAGCAGGAUUUCUGAACCAAGGGCACGCAUAUGGGUCCCUACUCCCCGGGGUGGACCAGCUGAGUAAUGGGGACCUUACGCGCCAUCUAAGUGGAUCUGUCGGUGCUCUGGGCUUGUCAAACAGUUACGGUGUAAGCACGUCUAGUCUAUUAUCCGGACAUAGUGGCUACUUUGUCUCAGGGAGUCAGCACCAGCCGCCGCAUCUCCAGCAGAGCGCGCAAGGCUACGGUGUACCCACGAGCUCCCCACAAACACUGCUCUCGGACUCACUUCGAACGUCCCUACCGUCUUUUUCACCAGGAGUUUCUAGCGGGUUUCCAGGAAUGUUGUCACAUCAAAAGAGGGUCAUUCCAAAUGCUUUCUUAAAUUGAUGACACAACUACAACAUGGGAAGGACAAAUAAAAGCACCAUAGAAAUGGCAAUUAUAGGGGUAAACAAACAGUGAUCACUAAUUAGGUCAGAAACGACACAUCCACAAAGCAAAUAUGGCCAUAUUAGGCUAUGUAUCCUGAAGUGCAACGAUGUAUUAUUUUUGCGUUAAAGGGACAAAAGUCGUUAUCUGUGGGGUUUAAACUGUAACUAGACUUGCCAAAUGUAACAAUAUUUCGGGCUAUUUAUAUCUUGUACAAAGAUUGUAAUUCUUUGAAUCGUUUAUUUAUGUUUGGUAGGCUAUUUAUUAAACACUGUAUUUACA